AUGGCAGAGUUGGCCUUGGCCAUACUACCUCUAGUCGUGGAAGGCUGCAAGCUCGGCGUCAAAUGCCGUCACAAAUUGUCAUCGUUCCGCCAUUAUAUGGAAUCCGUUGAGGAAAUUCGCGUUCUUUUCUCCGUCCAAGUUCGCAAUUUCCUGCACGAGUGCGAGCAGGUUCUCAAACAUGUGCUCGAGAAACAUCAACGCGUCCAGGCGAGCCAGCUCCUGGACGACUUUGACCAUUACCUCUGGACAUCGUCAGAUCUUGAGGAGUCGUUCCACGACUACCUGGGAAUGUCUCAGGAACCUUUCAAGAACUUGGUGAAAUUGAUUUCCAAGAAGGUGGCUAGUCUAGAGUCAGAUUUGAGCCGGUUUGACGAGGUCGACGAGAGCGGAGGAGAGGGCGGCAGCGUAACCCACCGAAUCUCAAAUCGCAAUAAGGUCGUGCUCGACGAAGCCGUGUUCGAAAAAGAUAUCGAGAAAUUAAGGCGGUGGAUAUCUGACCUUCGGGGCCUGCGGGAACGAGCAAGCCCAGAGAGGCUAGCCGGUCCUACCAGGGCCCAAAUUGCCCAGAUAUCCGCUCUUCAGCAUCACAACACCCUUUGGUGGACUGAGGAUUGGACUCUGGACAGUUUGGCAUUUUAUCAGACCCGAAUGGGAGAGCUCUCGGAUGAUCUCCAGACCCUGCACCUCACCGCCGAUCUACCCAACAGGACGGACACUUCACAAACAGCCCAGACGUUAAGUGAAGCAGCUUCAGCUGUCGAGGUACGACGCGCAAUGAACAGACGCGGCAUUCGAAAUCUAACCCUCUGGUGUGUUGGCGUUGCCUUUCUCCAGAUUGGCCUCUGGCGACCCAUUCGCUGGGAUGAUGACGAGGAAGUCCGUGAAAGCCUCCCGAGCCUGGAAAGACUAAGCAAGUCCUAUUUUGACAUGACGGAUAAGCUGAUCAAUUGUGACUUUGGGAAAGGAGCGCGGUUGCAGAACCUUGACCUUCAGAACGAGGUCUAUAAAACUAUUUUCGGAUGUAUUCCGACGUCUUUGUACCGAAAACUGGAGCGAGGCUACAGCUCCAUCAUCCUGUGGUCCUACGAUUAUGGCGUCCGCCAUGGAAAACUGGAUCUGGCCCUCGCUCAUUCCAGGGAGAUCCGAGAGGCUACAAUCAGCUUUCUAGUUCGAAUGAUUGAUAUUCUCAGCGCUCGUCUCAUCCCUUUGACUUCCCUGGCCCAAGAUGCGAACGUUCUCGAGCAUCGCGAAAUUGUUGCGGUAACAAGGUCGGAAGUGCUAGCGAGUCUCUCAACAUGGGAUGGACAGGACGAACCAGCUACUUCGGACGACACGAGGUUGCGACGUGACGACUCUUUGGCGAAGGUUGCUAGUAAUCUGAAGACGCUGGCUCAGGCGUUGAUGGAUAUGGGGCCACUCUUCGAUGAACCGUUGCCUGACGAAAGCUUCGAGGAGACAGCCGCGCACAUCGACAUAUCAACCGAGGUUUCCAACUUGGUGGCUCUCAUCAUAUAUGUUUACCCCAAGUGUGACAAGUCUGUGGCCAGCGGCAUUGCCAACUCGCUGCUAAGAACGCUUCGAGAGCGCAGGACUUCUAGGGAUAUGGCCGAGAUAUCAACUGCCUCCGAGGACCAACAUCCCUUGCCGAAACUUGUUGCCAGCGCAAAAGCCAUGACGAUAGCCGAUUCAAACUUCGUAGACUCUGCUCUAGGCACAUCGAUAGGAACUAGUUCCUACGCCGAGACGAUCAGGUCAUACAAAGGAGGUUCCGAUCUACCCGUCAAGAUCGAGUUGCCCAAGCUCCCUGUGAGGGGGCAAGCUUUCCGGUGCGAGGCCUGUGACAAGAUCGUACGAGUUGCAGACGAGAAAGCCUGGAAACCCAGGAGACACCUUAUGGCCGACGCUAAACCCUAUAUGUGCAUCGAGCCGGCCUGCGUUCUCAAGUUCAAGCCGUUCGGGUUCAAAUUCCAUUGGAUUACACACCUCUCCCAGCAUUAUUCUGCGGCCAAGGAGCCUGUAGUGUGCCCUAUUUGCCAGGUCUCAUAUAACAUCAGUAACGGGGGCGUUCGAUUAAUAGCCCAACAUCUUUCAUACCACCUCGAGCCGUUGGCAGCUGAGGUGAUCAUUCCUGGUGUGACCUUCGCCGGUCCGAAUGCAGACGACGCGACACUCUCUGAGGAUGACGAUGUCUCAACAGCUACGGAAGCUCUUGGAUCGGACGGACCCGGGACUAGUCCAAGAACUCGCAUCGCUCCGGAGAAAGAGAAGAUGGCAUUCUAUGAUCGGCCUCCGCGACUCCUCUGCCACUUAUGCGACGACCAUCCUCAGGGAUUCCGUGGAUCUGACGAACUUUCUCAGCAUAUGAAAUCAAAACAUCCGAAUGUACUCACGAAAUGGCAAAUUCGAGAUCCAAGAACAGUCGGUAUUUACAGUAGCGUUGAGCCGAUAACGCCGUUAUCAAAAUGCGCACCCUGCCGAUCGGGAAGGAAAUACAACGCCUACUACAAUGCUGCCGGACAUUUGCGACGCGCUCACUUUAGAAGGAAGACGUCCUCGGAGCCAAGUCUCCAUGCACCUGCCGAACCCUUUCCUUCAAUGUCUGAGCUGAAAAAUUGGAUGGUUAAAACCGAGAUAGAGGAAAAGCCCCCGGAACCGAAUUUUGAUUUCAUGAGUAUUAGUGACACGAAUAUUGAGAACGACACGAGUGGGGACGACGUCCUGGAUAUUAAAUUCAUCGUCGACAGGGACCCUGUCUUUCACGUUCGUGCCAGGACCGCAGUCGACACGCCACUGCGGAUCGGACGGCACGACACCCAUAACGCGUCGGUGCCUGCAGCGCCGUCGACAGGGACGACCUCGCAACAGCAGCCACAACAACAGCCACCGGAGCAGAGAUCCUCGGCGGGGGUAGUGAGACCGGCUGUGCGGGCCGACGAGACAAAAGUGUCAAGGGAGAAGAGGGAAGGUGUGUUGCCGUUGACAGCAGGGUCGAGCGCCUACUCCGAGGUAAGCCCCUCAGAGGCAUGCGAUUGGUGCAGGGAUCGCAGAGUGCGGUGCGAGAGGGCGAAGGAUGGGCCAUGUCAGCAGUGCAUGAAAGCGGGGAGGAUAUGCGUCGUUAGACCUAAGGAGACGGACUGGCUGGGGAAAAGCCUGGGGAAAAGGCUUAACGCGGUGAAGACGAGGCUUUGGCCUAGCCUGGAGAGGCCGGAACGUCGACGGCAGCAGGCGCAGAUACCUGGCGGUGUGGGCUCUACUAGUGGUAGCAGUCAUGGUGUUGGCAGAGGAGAAGCCCACGUGAGCGAUGACCCACCACCGGAUACCUGA